AUGUUCCGUGGUACCAAGCUGUCUAGUUACCUGUGUGCACGCCCUCUGGUCUCCUGGAAGGAAGAAAGAGACAUGCUUUUUGAACAUUACAUCACCCUUUCCAAACCUGUAUCAGCUCCUGGCAUCUACAACUUCAGUUAUAUGGGCAUGAUCGAUGACACAGAGAUUGAGUCUUACAACAGUGCUAACAGAAUAAAGAUUCCUAAACAAGACUGGAUGAGAGAGAAUAUGACUGAGGACUACUGGAAAUCAGGCACUGUUAGACUGAGACAUGAGGAGGAGUGGAUGAGAAAUGAAUUUAAUAAAAUGAUGACAGUCAUGGGUCACAGUCAGUCUGACGUCCACGUCCUUCAGAGGAGACGAGGCUGUGAGGUUGAGAGACUGUCUGAUGGUUCAGUAAAGUUUCUCAGUGGCUCUGAACAGUACAGAUAUGAUGGUCAGGACUCUCUCUCCUUUAAUCUUCACACUGAGCAGUGGGAGGCCUUAAAUAAUCAGGCCCUGUCAAUCAAAGAGAGAUGGAACAGUAACAUCCCCCUCAAACAGGAGACCCUGGGUUACAUUAAGAAAACCUGUGUGGAUGCAGCUCAACAGUUAAUACAACUUGUGCACAUCAGAAACUACUCCAAAACAGAGGUUAUGAUAUUUGCAAAGAGAGCCACCACCCCACAGAAGCCUGUCCUCAUUUGUACAGCCACUGGUUUAAUUCUCAACGAUGUGACAAUGAACAUCAGGAAGAAUCGCAUUCAGCUGUCAGAUGAGAAACUUAACUCCACUGGGACCAGACCAAACGGAGAUGGAACCUACCAGCUGAGGAAGAGUGUGGAGAUCCCUGACUCUGAAAAAGCAGAUUAUGACUCAAAUGGACACACUGGAGAUGUGAUUGAGGGGAGGAAUUCUACCAAUGUAACCGAGGCCAGUAAUUUGUCAACAGAAGACAGCAAUGAGGACAUUACAGAGACAGAAGCAAUGUUGCAGAAUGGAGUACUGCUCAAGGAUAUCCUUUAUGUACUGCUUCACAUGUUUGAAACGGUCCAGGAUUUCUAUAACAGGUUUGGCCUUAUCGAUAGAGGCCUCCCAAUGCAUAGUGGAAACAUUAAAGGAAAUAAAGUCCUCUCCAUCAUAGCCAUAAUCAUCAGUUCCUCUGAGAAAUGCUCCAUUCUCAACCUCACAGCCUCGUCUAUUCUGGAGGACAUGAAGAUCUGA